AUGGCUUCUGCGUUGGUCAGGCUCUUCUCGAAGGUUGGCAGACAGACCUCUCGACCAUGGGGUGCAUGUCAAGUUGGACUUUGGUUGCAGAACAGAUCCACAAGCUCUGCUCCAGAUAUGACCUCAGAGCAGACGACCAGGAUGGGGAUCUCCUUCUCUCCGUUGCAAACCUAUUCAGAGGAGGAGGGCAUGAUGAGGGAUACAGUGAAGAAGUAUGCACAUGAGCGCAUCGUCCCAUUUGUGUCAAAGAUGGAUGAGGAUUCUGCCAUGGAUGAAGAAGUGAUCAAAUCUCUUUUCGAGCAGGGUCUCAUGGGCAUCGAGAUUGACCCAGAGUAUGGCGGCACGGGUUCCACAUUCUUCUCUUCCAUUCUGGUCAUUGAGGAGCUGGCAAAGGUGGACGCCUCUGUGGCUGUGCUAUGUGACAUCCAGAAUACACUGAUCAACACAAUGGUGGCCAACUUGGGUACCCCAGCGCAGAAAGAAAAGUAUCUCACCCGACUGUCAACUGACACGGUAGGCAGUUUCUGCCUGUCCGAGGCAGAGUCAGGAAGUGAUGCCUUUGCUCUGAAGACAAGUGCUGAGAAACACAAAGACUAUUACAUUAUCAAUGGGUCGAAGAUGUGGAUCAGCAAUGCAGAGCAUGCUGGGAUAUUCCUGGUGAUGGCAAAUGUUGACCCAUCUGCUGGAUACAGAGGUAUUACCUGUUUCAUUGUGGACAGGGACACAGAGGGUCUUGAGAUUUGCAAAAAGGAGAACAAGCUGGGCCUACGUGCCUCUUCCACCUGCCCACUCAACUUUGAUAAUGUCAAGGUCCCAGAGAAUAACAUAUUGGGUAAGGUUGGCCAGGGUUACAAAUAUGCCAUUGGAAUGUUGAAUGAGGGGAGGAUAGGUAUUGCUGCUCAGAUGCUUGGGCUGGCACAAGGUUGCUUUGACCACACUGUUCCUUACACUAGACAGAGGGUGCAGUUUGGGAAACGUAUCUUUGACUUCCAGGGCAUGCAGCACCAAAUAGCCCAUGUGGCAACACAGAUUGAAGCAGCCAGGUUGUUGACUUACAACGCUGCCCGCCUGAAGGAGGCUGGAAGACCUUUUAUCAAGGAGGCCUGUAUGGCUAAAUAUUUUACUGCAGAGGUUGCAACCCUAACCACAUCAAAAUGCAUAGAAUGGAUGGGAGGGGUAGGGUUCACCAAAGACUAUCCCAUAGAGAAAUACUACAGAGACUGUAAAAUUGGUACAAUUUAUGAGGGCACAACAAAUGUCCAGCUAUCCACCAUGGCCAAGUUCAUCGAUAAGGAAUACGAACACUGAGCUGAUCCUGUCGAACCCCUAUGGAUUUGCACUCUUGUGUGACACUCCUUGAUUUUAUCUAGUGACUCAUAUUGCAGUUAUAAUGUAACAAGUAUUACUGUAAGCCCAGUUUCCUGUUCAGUUUUUUUUGCUGCUGUUGUGUGUUUGUACACACACUCUGAAUAGCCCCAUUUCUGUCCUUAUACUUGUAAAGUAGUUGUGUAAAUACCUUGCUCCUCCAAAAGAUAGUCUGUUACAUUUUUCCAUCCGUGGAUAGGCUACCCAAUGAUUAACGGGCAGGCUAAAUCCUUUUUUAUUAUUAUUAUUAACAACCUGUGUCUUAUUUACAUAGUUUUUGCCAUCAUGCGUAUCUGUGAUACAUGUUUUGCUCACCUUCCCACCUUCCAAACCCCUCAGAAGUUUGUAAUGCCCCAUCGUUGUAAAACAGUAGUCCAAUGUCCAGAAUCUCUAAGAGGAAGCUGAUGAGUAAAAUGAUAUCAUAACCGAUAUACAACAUAGCAGCAAUUGGAAAAAUAAGACCCAGGUUGUAAAAAAAAAAAAACCCAGAAUUAUCAUUUAAGUUGUUCUGGUUUGAAUUAAUGUAGCCUAUGUGAUUUUCCCUUGCCUUUUUUUUUCCAGAUGUUUUUUGACUAUCACUUAGCGUAUACAUAUUUGCUCAAGCCAUGCCUCAUGUCCUGCUAUUCAAACAAAUGCCUAUGUUCCUGUUUUGAUACAGAGCCAAACAUAUAAGCGUGAGAAUUACUUCUGGAAAUAUGGUGAUUGAGAUGAAUUUGCCAGUGCCUUCACUGCGUGCAUGCGUGUGUGUGUGUGUGUCUUGUGAGGCUCUGAUCCUCAAGACUUUAUGGAUGUAACGUAUUUUCAAUUUUUUUUGUGUAACAGCUUAAUCUCUUAUUUUUUUUUCAAUUUUUUUGCAACAGUUUUCUUCACUUGAAUUAGGCAAACAAGUCAACAGCACUCUUGCUAAAUAUGGAUAAUGUACAGUGCUUUGUUAAGAGGACAUGGGGAGAAUAUUUCAUAUGACUACUAAAGCGGUUGUCUGGUUCACUUAGACUGACUCAGAGUGAUAUGUCGUACCUGACAGUAGUAAUAAAUUUUUCAAGUAUGAUUGUAAAAAGCAGUUGUUUUUUGUGCUACUGACAUGUCACCUAUCGGGUCACUA